GCGGAAUCAGAACAAACAUAAUGAAAAAAUAUAAAAUAAUGAUUGAUAAUGAAAUAGCUCUAGUCAUUCAAAGCAGCCCUGUGUACCAAAUACGAAAAUAUUUCGGAUAUUUUCUUUUCUGCUACGUUUUGUUUGUCAGUAAUCAUUCGGUCGUCAUUCGGAAUAUACGUUUAGUUAAAAUAUAUUAGCGCGUUUAAUUGGACGCUAUUCGUAGGAAACAGUGUCCACAGUAUUACAGCAGUAAGAAUUAACAUCGCUUACAAAAACAAAGACAAUAACGAAAUGAAAAAAAUGAUCGGUUGUGAUCUGUGAACGCAUAAAAAGCAAAUAUGGCCGCCACUUGUUGGAUGGUGGAGAUUGUUUAAUGAAAGAAAAGUGUAAAAAAUAAAUGCCUUAAAAAAAUUAAGCGUAAAGUACUAAACCGUUGCUGAAAUUUUGGUAGUAUUUGUGAAAGUGACAAAAAGUGAAAACAUUUGGGAAUGUAUUUGAAUAUUCAUAUUAAUAUACCCACAUCCAAUAAAAGGUCGAUAAAAUAUAUGUGUUUUCCUACAAAUUUUUCUAAAAAAAUAUUAUCAGUUUUUUGCAUUUAACUACAAAUACGUUUUAUUUUGUUGCAAUUGAAAUAUAUAUGUAUAUGUGUAACCUCAACAAUUGUGAAAACUUAUGGAAGACUCAUCAAUAGUAAAGAGAUUAAUUGAUUUUGGCAUCGACGAGCAUGAGUAUGAUGAAGUUCAGGAAUUACCAGACGAAUCAAAUAUUAGCCCACAAAUUGCAAUUACUACAGCAGAUAUAUUCCUUCAACAACAGCAGCAACAACAACAACAACAACAAUCACUUUUACAAAACCCAAUUAAUAAUAACAACAGCACUAACAACUUAAGCACAACGGAUUUUCCACCAGAAUUGCCACCACCAAAACAAAACAAACUGAAGAACUCAAAGAAAAACAAAACGAAGUCAAAAAUACCCCGCUCACCAUCACUAGCCUCGAGUGGUAGUGGUAGCGGUGGUGCAUUGACCAACGUUGCUAGUAAUACUAAUCAUCAUACUAUCAAUAACAACAACAAUCAAAAUAAUUUUGGCAGCACCAUCGCAUAUUCACCAAUUCCACCACAAACACCACCACUCCCGGUUAACUAUCAGCAAAGCAAAUUGAAACAUAUGAAUGGUGGUAAUACCACCACCACACCAACAACACCGCAAACUCCGUUAGCUGCCUUUGGUACCGGCUUCUCACCAGUAACGCCAACAACACCAACAAUUCUGGUGUCCAACAGCGGCACUGGUGGCAAUAAUAAUGUUGGUUUCGCUAGCACACCGACCGGUGGUAGUGUUGGUGGACUCGCAGUGAUGGGUGGUGGUAGUGUGCCACCUAGUGGUGGUGCUGGCCUCAGUGCCAACGGUUCGAGCGUUAGUGGUGGUGGUAGUGGUGGUGGCGUUGCUGGCAAUCAGCGUGGUAGUGUGAAUAUGGCCUCAGCUCGUCGGCCACAAUUGCAAAUCACUCCCAUACCGGAAUCACCGAAACACUUUCAGUUUUUGACGUUGACCGUGCGUAAGGACGAGAAUGGUUAUGGCAUGAAGGUCUCGGGCGACAAUCCAGUUUUCGUUGAAAGCGUUAAACCAGGUGGAGCGGCACAAAUUGCUGGCUUAGUUGCCGGCGAUAUGAUCUUAAAGGUCAAUGGACAAGAAGUGCGUAUGGAGAAGCAUCCAACUGUGGUUGGCUUAAUAAAAGCUUCCACUAUUGUCGAAUUAGCGGUGAAACGGAGUCAGAAGUUAACACGCCCCACAUCGGUGGGCAUUGUGCCCUCUACGCCCAUACUAUCGGGACGGGAUCGCACAGCAUCCAUAACAGGCCCACAACCGGUUGAUAGUAUUAAACGGCGCGAAAUGGAAACGUAUAAAAUACAAACGCUGCAAAAAAUGUUAGAACAGGAAAGAUUGAAUUUGGAGCGUCUGAAAGGUGACACCAAUGAUCCGAGUUAUAAACUAUCCGAAGCGAAUAUACGAAAGCUGCGCGAACAAUUGCGAAAAAUCGGUGCCGAGGAUGCACCAGCAAUCAAAUUACAACCAACUGCCAACAACAAUAAAAAUACUGCAUUGCUCUCGCCCGCUCAAUUACACCAUCAACAUCUCCUACACCCACACCUACAACAAACACAACUCCAGCCACCAAUUAUUACACCACAACCACAAGUUCAAUCCUCCUCUCCAGCUUUCCUUUCACUUUUACCUCGUUCGCUGUCCUCUUUGUCGUUGGGCACGCGUAAAAAUAAGAUUGAUAAAGAUUUAAUUACUGCGCCUUUAAAUAAUACAACGGAUUUUCUACAUCAUCAUCACCAUUAUUUGCAACAACAACAACAACAACAACAACAACAACAACAACAUCACCACAAUGCCAACAACAAUUCUGCCGGCAUGAUCACAUCACCAUUGCCGCCAUACAAUAUGUCACAAUCGUUGCAUCAACCGCAAACUCAAACGCAACAACAACAACAACAACAACAGCAACAACAUCGCAACUCAUCGCAACAGGCGCUUUAUUACCAUCAGCAGCAACAACAACAGCAGCAGCAGCAGCAGCAGCAGCAUCAACAAGCACGCCUCAAGGAAACAGCAAAAUCAUCGAGCUCCAAAAACAAGAAUAAAUUUGCGAAAGCUCAAAGCAUACAAGAGGACAUACCACCACCCCUGCCGCAGCGCAAUCCACCGCGUCAACUGCAACUAGAUAACAAUGGCAAUGCGGCGGGAGUGAUGAGCAACAGCAGCAAUAACAAUCUAUUCGCACCAAUCUCCGAUUUGGACUUGGCCGGAAGUCCGCAAGGCAAAUCACCACAACCAACAAUGCCGCCGCCGCCACCGUCAAGCGCCGCACAAUCCAGUGUGGUAGCUGGUGCAGCAGCACAAAAGAAACGCUCCAAAGCCAAGACAAAAGCGCUCUCCGACCCGAAAAUGUCCACGCAAAUGUUUUUACAAAUGGAAACAGCAGUUGGGACAAACGCGUCCGGCUCUGCAGCGGAUGGUGGUAGCUGCGAAACCGAUUGUAUACCGCCGCCGUUGCCUCCGCGUCAACCCGGCAUGAUAGAGGAGUCGCCACAUCGCGGCAGCUUUUCGAAUUUGACGGGCACUGGUGGUGUGCGUCCACCGCCCAACAGCAUCGACACGCUGCUCAACUAUCCACUCGUUUCCACGUGUACGCCAGUGCAUCGUGAUAAUAUGGCGGCGGCGUUCCCGCUAUCGCAGCGACCUAAUAUCGUACAGCAAUUGCAGCAGCACCAGCAGCAGCAACAACAACAAUUGCAGCACAGUAAUAAUAGCAGUGCGGGAACGGCAACAGCAGCUGCUUUGGGACAGACGCCACAAAAUUUGAAUCAUCUCAAUAAACAUCGACGUGUAGUCUCCGAGCAUAUGCAUUCAAGACAUCCAGAUCGCAUUAACAAAACUACUUCUGGUUCUUGGGAGCUCGUCGAGAAGGAUGGCGAAGUAACACCGCCCGGCACACCGCCGCCACCCUAUCUAACCAUGUCUGGAGCGGAAGAGCAUCAGCAACAGCAGUUGGCAAAUGACAGUGGCGGCGGUGGUGGAAUUUUCAUUGAAUCACAUCACUUUACUCCGCUCGCAGGUGCUGCUUCACCAACACCACCACCACUCAUUUCUACACCCACCACCACCAGCACACAUUCCAAUCGCAUUUUAGCAGCACAAUCGAACGCUACCCAAAAGGAGAUCAUCUCAAUGGAGGAUGAAGAUGCUUCCGAUCAAGAGGGUCCUUUCAUCGACGAGAAUGGGCCGUUCAACUCUCUACAACGCCUACUGGAGCCGGAAAAUGUUGCCUUCUUAGCUGUGUUUCUCAACUAUGUGCUAUCGAACUCAGAGCCAGCACCGUUACUGUUCUAUCUAAUCACCGGCCUGUAUAAAGAGGGUACUGCGAAGGAUAUGCGUAAAUGGGCAUAUGAGAUACAUUCGACAUUCCUGGUGCCACGUGCACCGCUUUCCUGGUAUCGCAAGGAUGAGUCCUUGGCGCGUGAGGUGGAUAAUGUGCUGCAAAGUGAAUUCGAUAAAGUGGAAAUUUUGCGUAAAGUCUUUUGGAAAAGCAGAAAAUGUGCACGUGAUACUAUCUGUGCGCAAUUGCGUGAAUUUCAACAGACACGUACUGAAGGUCUGGGCACAAUUUAUGGUCCAACCGAUGCUCAACUUACGGAAGCACGAGGCGAUAAGCAACGCGAGCAGCAUAUCUUUGAAGAGACGUUAAUGCGUAAACUGCAAGUAUUGAUCGAAGAGUAUGAAAAAGACUUACCCAUUGAGGAUCCGAAAAAAUUGGCCAUUUGUUCGGCAUUAUCAACCGUUAUACAUCGCAUAUUUAUAACACGUUCGCAUCCAAACAGUAUUGUUGAUCGUGUGCAUCACUUUGUAAGUCGUGAGAAAAGUUUCAAGUCGCGUUUGAUGGGCAAAAAUCGGAAAAUGAUUGUUCGUGGUCAUCCAUUGGUAUUACGUCAAUACUACGAAGUGACCCACUGUAAUCAUUGUCAGACAAUUAUUUGGGGUGUUAGUCCGCAAGGUUACCAUUGUACAGACUGUAAAUUAAAUAUUCACCGUCCCUGUUCGAAAGUGUUAGAUGAAAAUUGCCCAGGCCCGUUGCCACAAGCGAAACGAAAAGAACCACAUAAUGAUAACAAAAUCAGCAAGUUUAUGGGAAAAAUACGUCCGCGGACAUCGAGUGAUUUUAUUUCAAUGGAGAAACGUGCCCGUCAUGAGGAAGAUUUUGAUCCGGAUUUGUCAAGUGAACGCCUACACACAUCGUCCAUUGUACGACAGCCCUCCGAUCGCAGACCGGAUGCAGGCAACCAAGCGCUACGUUCCAACGGCACAGCCGCAACGUCCGCCGACAAUACAGAUGACGUACAGCUACGUCUGCCAUCGGGCGGUGCAUAUCCAGCCGGUGGCGGCUCGGGCGAAGCGAGCAGCGGUGGUAUCGGCAAAUGCGGGCUAUUGGGACGCGGCGCGCGCGAAUCAAAUGUGCCGUCAUCAAGUGAUGCUGCAGGCGACUUGGGUGGUACAGCUGCCACCGAUGCGAAUGCGCAGGACGCAGCAGAAGGGAAAGAUGCACGACGAGAACGUUUACAUCAACAUCAUCAAAAUAAAAGCGCUCCCGUUUCGGUUAAUCGCUCCGAAUCGUAUAAGGAGCGUUUAUCACAAAAACGCAAUCGCAAUAGUCGACGCAAAACAUCAGAUCCCAGUCUGACGUCAAGGCCAAAUGAUGAGCAAGCCGAUGUUGGACUUUCCAAUUCCAAUUACACCGCAAGUUCCAAUUCUAGUCUUUCCUCGGGUGGCGGCUCUGAGAGUCCCAGCACCUCCAUGGAACAAAUGGGUGGCGCCGGUGGCGGUCCAAACGCUACCGCUAGCGGUCACCCAAUCACACAUCAUCACAGUAUGCAUGCCCACCACACCACACCGCAUCAUCACAUGCAUCAACACAGUCAUCAGGACUCCUUUCACGGUAGUAUCGGUGGCGGUUCGAUGAAUACCAGCUUUUGGGGCAGCAGUUUUGGUGGCGUUGGCAGUGGACAUCCGGGUGGUCCAAGACAGUGGAAUUUUGAAAGUGACGAUGAUGAUGAUCUCAAUGAGGCCGAUUGGAGUUCGAAUGUCACAGCGGAGCUUUUGGCUGCGCUCACCGAUGCAGAAAAGAAACGACAGGAGAUUAUAAAUGAAAUUUAUCAAACCGAGCGCAGUCACGUGCGUAUUCUUAAGCUAUUGGAACGUCUCUUCCUUGUACCACUGCAAGAGAGUAGUCUACUCACAAACGAACAUUUAAUGCUACUUUUCCCGCCCGCACUGCUUGCUCUACGCGACAUUCACAGUUCGUUCGAGCAACAACUCAAGCAGCGACGCAUAGAACACAAUCACGUUGUCACACAUAUUGGUGAUCUGCUCUCUGGCAUGUUCUACGGCAAGUCCGGCGAGGAUCUAUGUCAAUAUGCAGCACAAUUUUGUGCGCGUCAACAAAUCGCAUUGGAAGCAUUGAAGGAGAAACGUCGCAAGGACGAACAAUUGCAGAAGCUAUUAAAUAAAGCCGAAUCGCACAAGGCUUGUCGGCGUCUACAGUUGAAAGAUUUGCUGCCGGCCGUUUUACAGCGUCUAACCAAAUAUCCGCUGCUCUUUGAAAAUCUCUACAAGGUAACGAUACGUGUCGUGCCCGAAAACACGACUGAGGCGGAGGCCAUACAGCGCGCGCUGGAAUCGUCUAAGAAGAUACUCGUUGAUGUAAAUCAGGCUGUGAAGUUUGCUGAAGAUACGCACAAAUUGCAAAACAUUCAGAAGAAAUUAGACAAAUCAACCUUUGACAAAGAUGAAUUUAAAAAUUUGGACUUAACACAAUACCGUCUCAUACACGAUGGUAGUUUGACAAUGAAGAAAAAUCCCAGCAUACAAUUGCACGGUCUACUCUUUGAAGAUAUGAUUGUGUUGCUAACGAAACAGGACGAUAAAUAUUCUUUGAAAUAUUUACAUGCCACACGGAACGCCGAAGUCAAUAAUAAACCAGUUAGCCCGAUUAUGAGCAUCGAUUCAGAAACGUUGGUUCGUCAAGAAGCCGCCGAUAAGAAUUCUUUCUUUUUGAUUAAGACAAAAACAUCCCAAAUGUUGGAAUUACGUGCACCAAGCAGUUCGGAGUGUAAAACGUGGUUCAAACACAUUUCCGAUGCCGCCGAACAGUACAAACCACGCUCGAAGAACGCCAAUCAUGAGCCAGUCGAUGAUCCAGCGAUCGCCACCAUACCGCAUUCCAAUACAAAGGAGUCCCUUGAACUCACACCCGAACGGCCACCGCCCGCCUCGGCUAUUGCCACCGUGACGACUACGCCAUUGGCGCCCAUGAUGCCUGUCGCUACAGCAACCUCGGUAAAUGUCAACAAUAAUAAUAUUAGCAAUAACGAUCACCACAAUGUACAGCUACGAAACGGUCGUCGCGAGAGUACGCCAACCGCAGGCAGUGCUGACCACAAAAUGCGUCUCAGUCACAAUGAGCUAUCGCCAUCGAUUGGCUCCUCAACUGCCGCCAUGUCAUCAGCCUCUACCGCAUCGCUUUCAUCGACAUCGGCAGCGGUUAACCGCACCAUGUCGACACGCAGUUGCGGUGAACCAAACAACAAUAACGGUGGCUAUGAGAAUUCAAGCGUCACUCUACGUCACACACAGUCGGCACGUCAAGCCAACGGUCAUAAUGCUGACAUUGGCGGAGAUGAGUUCAGCUCAAGCGCUAGUGGUGGCUCAAAACGCGACAGCGCCAGCAUUGUAUACUCAAAUAACUCCAACAAUACACGCACAUUGAUGCAGUCAUCACCACCAUUGGUCGAACCCACCGCUAUACAAAUUAGCAUUAGUCCGGCGCAUACCGCCGAACCUGUACUCACGCCAGCCGAGCGGUUGCGUCGACUGGACGCUUCCAUACGCGACGGUUUAUUGGAGAAACAAAAAAUCAUUUGUGAUAUGUUCCGGCUGCCGGUUGAGCACUUCCAUGAGAUUGUUGACAUUGCGGCAAUGCCGGAAGCGCCCAAAGACAGCGCCGACAUUGCGUUGGCCGCAUACGCACAAGUUCAAUCGCUAACCGAAGUACUCAAUGAGUAUAUGCAUGCGACGCACGAACAGGAAGUAUCCGCUGUAUCUACAGCAGUUUGCGAUCUAUGCCAUGAAAAGCAGCAGCAACAACAUCAUCUUAGUCACCGACCGCUGACUCCGCUCACGGCCACAUCGUCAAAUUCAUCUUCAACGUCAACAAUGAACUCGACCGGUUCGUCGACAACAACACAAAUCGCAGCGAGUGGUAGUGCAUCUACCGCGACUACAUCGGCAGACAUACCGCCUCCACUACCGCCACCAAAUAAGCAAACUGCCCAACAGCAGACGCCCACCGCCAGAACGCCAAGUAGCGUGCGCACUGUUUUGCAGAAUGCGUUGCUCGACGAGGACAUACACGAAGACGACGACGGCUAUUGUGAGAUCGACGAACUACGUUUACCGGCCUUGCCGCCGACACUGGCAUCGAAAGCGAACAGAGCUUCAUCGCCACCACCACCUUUACCACCCCCAGCUGGCAGUUUUAAACCACCGCCCUUACCACCGCCACCAGCAACGGCAACUCCUAAACAACAACAGCAACCGGAGGAGAAGAGUUCUACUGAUGCAGCAACCACAAGUACGACACUUGCGGAGGAAACAUGUAUACCUGCAAAUGCUGUGGCCCAAGCAAACACAGCUGAAUUGGUGAAGCGUCAGAGUACGAUUAGCGCCGACAGCAUUCCUGAAGAGUCUGCCGAUGAAGUUACACAAGCGUUAAAUGAAGACAAAGUGAGCGAACCGACUGCUGGCGAGGAGGAAGGCAACAAACACAAGGGCGAUAAAGGAGACACGGCAGAUAGCAAACCAGAACAAUCAAAAACUGAUGAAAAUACUGAGGCAGAACUUGAAAAGGUUAAGUUAGAGGUUAAGGAGGAGAAUGAAGAAAAGGAAAAUGAUAAUAUCGAGCCCGACGAAGGCAAAACAACAGAUAAUAAAACAACAACAACAACAACAACAACAGCCGAAAGUGAAUCAUCCCAAACCACUUCAGCCAGUAAUGAUGCCAACGCCAUAGAAGCGAAUGUAUCCAAGAAAUCGGAUGAAACUGUAGACAAAACAGCAAAAGCAGAAUCUGUUGAAACUACAGCAGCAAGUAAUGCCAAUGCUGAAGAACAUAUGGAAGUCAACGACGCCUAUGAAACUUUGUCUACACUUAAUAACAAGCUGAAUAGCGUUUUGGCCAUGGUCGACAGCUCUACGCAAACCACACCACCAUUGGCACUGAGUUUAGCAGCGCUGGCCACAAACGCCGCAAUCAUCAAUGGCACGAAUACCAAUCUUCCUGUUCACUGUGGACCUAAUCGCAUUCAACACGCCAACUCGCUGGAGCCGAGCGUGCCCUGUCAUGCACUGAAUACGAUUGUCAGCUCGUUGAAUUCGCAAAUCUCAUUACUUUUGCCAAAGAUCAAUGAACGCGACAUGGAACGUGAACGCCUACGCAAGGAGAAUCAGCAUUUGCGCGAAUUGUUAAAUGCGAUGCAUGAACGUCAGCGAGUUGAACCAAAAUUGGAAACUCCAACUGAUGAGACAGCAAAGACCAAUAUUGGCGACGGAAAAACAGCCGACGAAACGGAUGGUGGCAGCAGCAACAAAAGCAACCCACAUACCAACAACUCCAACCAGCCGGCAUUAGAUAUAUCGACCGCAGUAGCAGCAGCAGCAGCAGCAACUGCUUCCAGUUCAGAUGACAGCUGUACAACAAUCGAAGGCGUUGAAGGUAGUUCAGCUACACCUAAAAUCACAGUUAACAGUGCAACAGUAUCUACAGCAGCAACAGAUGCAGCAGACUCAUCAAAAACAACAGCAGCAACUACUGAGAGUGAAAAUUAAACGAUUUGCGGUUUAACAAUAACAACUAAAGCAAAAAGGAAAGCAAUUAGAGUAUUGACUAAUUUUAAAGGGAAAAGAAAAAUUGUAGAUAUUUAUGUUAUAUAAACUAAUGGAUGUAUGCAUGCGUAGAUGUUGCACGAUUUCAAUCACACUCGAUGUUUUCUAUAAUAUAUGUAUGUAUUAUAAGGUUUUGCUGAUGAUGAUAAUGAUGAUGAGGAAAAUAAUGUAUUGAAAUUUUGUUGUCUUCUUCGUGGUCGCCGUCAGCGCACCUUAGCAGAUCAGCCGUUUGUAGGCACAUUCGUGUGUGUUAUACUUCAACGUUUAUUCGUACCUUUGGUCGACAAUGGAGAGAUAGAAAUGCGUUUUGUAAAAGUUCAAUGAUAGAAAAAUCAGCAACUACAACAAUAACAACAAUUUAAAUAAAAAUUAUAUAUAUAUAUAUACAAUGUUAUUUCAAAUUAUAUAUGUACUAUGUCUACAAAUAGUUUUUUCGUGCUAAAAAAAAAAUUCGCUGAGAGAAAAUUGUAAUCGGAGACAAAACAGACAUAUUCUGCUAGUAAGCAAAAGAGGAAUGUAUUAUGUGUAUGUGUAUUAAGCAAAAUGAAAAGAAAAUUAUACAAUAAUAUUAUAUUUAAAUACAUAAAUAUGUGUUUCGUAUAUAGUAUACUCUUUCGUUAAUAGUCGUACACCAAACAUUGCUUAACAAAGUAAAACAAAACUGCUGCAGUUAGUUGUUGAUGCAUUCGAAGUUUGGAUGAACUCUUUUGUAGAGGAUGAAAGUGAAAGACCAGUUUUUCUAAAUUGACAUUUCUUUUUUGUAUUUGCAAUGGAUAAUAAUUGAUGGAUUUGAACCUGGCCACCAAGUGCUUACCGCAUUUUUUUAUAUACAUACAUACAUACUUAUGAAAUAUGAGUAUUUGACACAUGCAUCGUGGAGCUUUUUUACUCCGGCUGAAAAGCCAAAAUGUCCAAAAUCAUUUUUAUUAUACAUUUAUGGUAUAUGGAAUAUUUAAAUUUUGAUCGUGUAUAGAAUAUUUACAGUUAUUUGUAGCUGUUUUGGAGCCCCCAAGCCAUGGCAGAGGGUGCUUUGCAUGAAUGGGCCAAUUGCGUUUCACAAGCCUUAUACUUUUACGCAAUUAUAGCGAAAUGCGAGUUAUAUUAAAUAUCACAAAUAAAAAGAAAUAUGAAUACUAAACUAAUGUAAGUUUUUUUGUCAAAACAUACAAUAAUACGUACAUCAUACACAUGUAUGUGCGUAUAUGUUUAGAGGGAAAAUAAGCGUAAUGAAUUUUCACGCUUAUCCAAGUGAAUUUUUGUAGCUAAAAUAAAUUGUACAUUAAUAUUAGAAAUUAGCAAAAAGUAAUGAAUUUUUGAAAGAAAUACAAAGCGAAAGAAAAUUAUUAUAAAAAUGGUACUUUUUCUUGAAAUUUGAAUGUGUUAAAACAGACGAAAGAGAAAUGGACGAAAA